AUGCGUGAAAUAACACAGGCGAUGAAAGCGAGAAAGAAUGUUAAAACGUCUAUCCCAACUGAAUUUCCUGAUUGUUUUGGCCCAUAUUCUCCUGAUACAGCUGCAGCUGCUGCUAUGCAUUAUCAGUUUGGUGGUGGUUAUCCAACAGCACCUCAUGACAUAUUUGGAUCGUACGCACAAAUGUCACAAUUUCGGAAUCCAAUGAUGAUGAUGUAUCCAAGUGGUUAUCCUGUAUCAUCAAGUCCCAAUAGUAUGAUGGAUCAAAUGAAUCAUCAUCAUCAUCACCAUCAUCAUCCACAACAAGAAUCAUCGGCUGUCACAAGUGGAGCUGCUUAA